CGGCAUGUGAAGACGCUCCGCCCGGAAAAGCGAUGUCUACUUCUCUUCCCGUACUCAUCUGUUUUAUACUUUCUUUUGGCACGGGGACAUGUCUGCGGAACUUUCGGACGGACUUUCUGGAGGAAUGGCCGACGCCCGGCACCGAGCCCCACUUCGACACUUCGAUGCCCUCGAACUUCACCGGCCUCGUCGGCAAGACCGUGCACCUCGUGUGCAAGGUCAAGAACCUGGGGACCCGAACGGUUUCCUGGGUAAGACAUCGAGACAUCCACCUGCUCACCGUGGGUCGUUACACCUACACGAGCGACCAGCGAUUCGAGGCGCUGCAUCUGCCCCACACGGAGGAGUGGACCUUAAGGAUACGGUAUCCUCAGCGCAAGGACUCGGGGAUCUACGAGUGCCAAAUAUCCACGACGCCGCCCAUUGGUCACCCGGUGUACCUCACGAUAGUCGAACCGGUAACGAUCAUAGUGGGAGCCCCGGAUCUCUUCGUCAAUAAGGGAAGCACCAUUAACCUGACUUGCCUUGUCAGAUACGCUCCCGAGCCGCCCCCGAUGAUGACUUGGAGCCACAACGAGGAGGAAAUCAACUUCGAUUCUCCGCGGGGCGGGAUCAGUCUGGUCACCGAAAAAGGUCCCGAGACCUCGAGUCGGCUGAUGAUCCAGAAAGCGGUUCCGAGCGACUCGGGCAUCUACAAGUGCGGACCCAGCAACGCCAACCCCAGCAUCAUCCGGGUGCACGUGGUGAACGAGGAACAUCCUGCCGCGAUGCAUCACGGAGACGGGAGCACGUCGCAUUCGAGGGGUCAUCCGGCUUGUUUUAUAAUUUUACCACUAGUCAGCCUAAUGUUUAUAUGAAGUAAUAGGAGGAUUAUCUAAAUCGAGUCGAGAAGGACGAGAUCCGCGCCGGGCAUCGGGAUGUCCGUAGAAUUAUUUCGCGCAGGGUAAAAUCGCGAAGGUUCGCCGUUCGCGGUGCACCGACGGAAUUCCGUGACCAAAGAGAGGAAGACGGAAGGCGGAGCGGAGCGUUUCCGAUAUCA